AACUGUAAAGCCUGCAAACACGUCCGAAACACAACACACACUCUCUCUCUCUCUCUCUCUCUCUCUCUCUCUCUACUCUGUCUCUAGAUUCUCUCUAAAAAGCUUGAAAGGAUCUGAGAGAAUGUGGGAAUGAGGAGGUUCUAGAGAGACAGAGAAGCAAAGCAUUUCGAGGCCAUGGUGCUCAGACGAUUUCUCUUACUCCUCUUCAUCUUCUUCUUGGCUCUGAGACCUUCGUAUCCUAAACCUGCACCAUAUGCUAUGCGAAUAAGCUGUGGAGCUCGCAAUGAUGUCCACACUCCACCAACGAAUACGUUGUGGUAUAAGGAUUUUGGAUAUACAGGAGGGAUACCUGCUAAUGCAACACAGACAAGUUUUAUCACACCUCAACUUAACACACUUCGCUAUUUCCCUCUAUCUGAUGGACCAGAAAAUUGCUAUAACAUUAAUGGAGUUCCUAGUGGCCACUAUUCAGUUAGAAUGUUUUCUGCAUUGGUUAACGACACUAAUUUCGACAACGAACCUUUAUUUGAUGUUUCUGUUGAAGGAACUCAGAUUUAUUCCCUGCAAUCAGGUUGGAGCAACCACGAUGAUGAACAGGCAUUUGUUGAAGCUUUGGUAUUUCUUACCAAUGGCUCUGUCUCGCUUUGCUUCCAUAGCACUGGUCAUGGAGAUCCAGCUGUUCUUUCAAUUGAAAUUCUUCAAGUUGAUGAUAGAGCGUACUACUUUGGCCCGCAGUGGGGUCAGGGGACUAUCCUAAGAACAGACAGAAGACUGAGUUGUGGUGCUGUGAAACGCAAAUUUGAUGAAGACUAUAGUGGGGACCACUGGGGUGGGGAUAGAUUCUGGAAUCCCAUUGCAACUUUUGGUCAAGGGUCUGAUCUUAUUAUAUCUACGGGAAACAGCAUCAAGCAGGCCUCAAUUUCACCAAACUUCUACCCAGAAGCGGUUUAUCAGACUGCUCUUGCUAGUACUGAUAAUCAACCGUAUUUAGCGUAUACAAUGGAUGUGGAUCCCAAUAGGAACUACUCCAUUUGGUUGCAUUUUGCAGAGAUUGAUCCUUCUGUCACUAGUAUAGGUCAAAGGGUAUUUGACAUCCUAAUAAAUGGUGAUAUUGCUUUUCCAGAUAUUGACAUUGUGAACAUGAGCGGGGAUCUUUACCGUGCUCUUGUACUGAACAAGACUGUUGCUGUUAAUGGGAGAACUUUGACAAUAACCUUUCACCCUACAAAAGGUCAUGCCUUAAUUAAUGCUAUUGAAAUCCUUGAGGUUAUUACGGCAGAGUCUAAAACUUUGCCAGAUGAAGUUAGGGCUUUGCAAAUAUUGAAGAGCUCACUGGGGCUCCCCCCUCGUUUUGGGUGGAAUGGUGAUCCAUGCGUACCGCAACAACAUCCAUGGAGUGGAGCAAAUUGUCAAUUUGACGUAACUAGCGGCAAAUGGGUUAUUGACGGACUGGGUCUCGACAACCAAGGUUUGAGUGGGUUCUUGCCAAAUGAAACAUCACUACUGCAUCAUCUGCAGAGCAUAAACUUGAGUGGAAACGGCAUUCAUGGGUCCAUUCCAUCUUCACUUGGAACAAUAACAAGUUUAGUGAUAUUGGACCUCUCCUAUAAUUCUUUCAAUGGAUCAAUUCCUGAAAGCCUUGGACAGUUGACUUCAUUACGAACACUGAAUCUCAAUAGCAACUCCCUCUCUGGAAGAGUGCCAGCAGCACUUGGAGGAAGGCUUUUACAUGGGGCGAGCUUCAACUUUACCGAUAAUGCAGGCCUUUGUGGUAUUCCUGGACUACCAACAUGUGGGCCCCACCUCUCCACUGGUGCAAAAGUUGGCAUUGUAUUAGGUUCAUGUGUCUCACUCUUACUUAUUUUGACCUUCUUAAUGUGUUGGUGGAAAAGGCGGCAGAAUAUUAUCCGAGCUCAGAGAAUUGCAGCAAGAGAUGCCCCGUAUGCAAAAGCAAGGACCCAUUUCUCUCGCGAUGUGCAAAUGACCAGGCAUCACGGGCAUGAACAUACACGGACAGCUGUUGAGAAUGGUCCAAGCUUACUUUCGUAAUCAGUGAACCAUUUCUCUGAGAUCCUAUGCAUUUGAAGUUUGCUCCUGUUUUUGUUGCUGGAUGCUGAAGAAGCCUCCUACAGGUCUUUUUGAUCUUGUUUUCUUUUUUUGAUCUUGUUUUCUUGCAUUUGAGGAUGUGAUUGGAUUUCUGUUCCAUUUUUUUCCUCCCUCAAAAAUCUUCUUUCAGGUAUCCUGGAAAAGUCACAUAAUCACACUCUAGAAGAUUAAUUUUCUACUUGUAUAUAGCAGAUUGGCAUAUAUUGUACAUUGUUUCCAAUCUUGAUUCAGUUUUGGCCAAAUAUGCUAUAAAAAAAAAUAUAAUUUUCAGUAAA